UCUGAUUAAAGAAAAGUGAGAUCCAGAUCAGAUGGAGAUGGAGACGAAGAAGCCACGCUUGAAUGUUUUAAUGUUUCCAUGGCUGGCAUAUGGUCACAUCUCUCCUUACUUAGAACUUGCCAAAAGACUUGCCGACAGAAACUUCCAAAUCUAUCUAUGUUCAACUCCCAUCAAUCUGAGCUCUAUCAGUAAAAGGGUCACGGAGAAACACACUCAAUCGAUCAAACUCAUCGAAUUCCAUCUCCCAUCUCAACCUGACCUUCCUCCCAAUUUCCACACCACAAAUGGCCUCCCACUUCACCUCAACUCAGUCCUCAAAAGAGCCAUGGACAUGGCCUGCCCAUCUUUCACCCAAAUCAUUACAACCCUCAAACCAGACAUACUCAUUUACGACUACCACCAGCCAUGGGCCUCUGUUGCCGCUUCUUCACUCGGAAUACCAGCCGUUCAGUUCUUCCCUGUGUGCGCUUCCAUCAUCUGUUAUCUUCGCCAUAAAAUUCUGAAACAGGACGUUCACUUCCCUUAUCCCGCCAUGAAUCCUCGGGGAACUUACUGGAACCAGAAAUUUCAAGAAAUGAUGAAAGGGUUCACAAAUACUCAAGGCGGCCAAAGUACUGCAAGUCAUUCUUCAUUGACUAAAACCUGUGACAUUAUAUUCGUCAAGACUUUUGGAGACAUGGAAGGGAAAUACAUCGAAUAUGGAUCCAAACUACUUGGCAAAAGGAUAGUCCCCACAGGUCCACUCCUUCAAGAACAGGCAGAUGAUGAUGAUGAUGAUAAUGAUGAUGAUGAUAGCUGGAUCAUGGAGUGGCUUAACAAUAAAGAUACAUCAUCAACCAUUCUUGUGUCGAUUGGAUCAGAGUCCUUUCUAUCGAAGAUGGAAACAGAGGAAAUAGCAAAAGGGUUGGAGUUAAGCAUGAUGAAUUUCAUUUGGGUAGUUAGAUUUCCUUCUGAGGAGAAGAUUUCAAUUGAUGAAGCCUUACCCAAUGGCUUCCUUAAGAGGGUAGGAGAUAGAGGACUUGUAAUUGAGAAAUGGGCACCACAAGCUAGAAUCUUGGGGCACCCAAAUGUUGGAGGAUUUGUAAGCCAUUGUGGGUGGGGUUCUAUAAUAGAGGCUAUGUCAUUUGGAAUCCCAAUUGUGGCUAUACCAAUGAACUAUGAACAACCGGUGACUGCAAGGCUAGUGGAGGAGAUUGGUGUGAGUUUGGAAGUAAAUAGAGAUGAUAAUGGAGGGCUUAAUGGGGUAGAGAUUGCAGAUUUGAUAAGGGAAUUGGUAGUAGGUGAAAAGGGGAAGCAAAUGAGGGAUAAAGCAAGAGAAAUGAGAGAAAAUAUCAAAAGUAAAGGGGAAGAAGAGAUUGAUGGUGUUGUUGAAGAAUUGUACAAGCUUCACAAGAAGAAUAUUGAAUUCUCAAAGCUUAAUUAACCCUAUCUUAUGUAAUAUAAGAUUUGUGAUCUAAUUUCUUUAUGAUUUAAGACAGAAGUAGAAAGAAAUAAAGGAGUAAGAUUUCAAAGGGUUGAAAUCAAAGGUAAGAAGGUAAGGUAAGGUUUUAUGUUUAAUAUCCUUUGAUUUACUGUUUGGUA